UUUUUUUUCAAUUUUUUACAAGAAUGGUGGCUUUCUUUGGUACCCUUUUAAUCAAUCUGUGGGACUCUUGGAAGAAAAAUGGAUUAUUAGAUGAUGGAGAUAUUGAAUUAUUGAGAGACUGCUGUGAAGGUGUUCUUGAAAGAAAUCAAAUUCAAGGAUUAUUUAAUAUUGGAUUUUCGCUUAUUCUUUUGAUUGGUACUAUAAUCUACAGACCUUGUAAAUUUUGUUUUUUGGGGAAUAGGGAGAGGGGGUUAUAA